CUCACGGCAGCCUGUCCCUCACAUCCUGGAGUCGCUCCCCGAACCCCAGGCUCUUUUCUGGAUGAGACUCUCUUAUGGGCAGCAGGGCUUGGUGGGCUUCAAGCUUCCCAACAGCAGCAGAGUCCAAGCUAGCGGUGCACCAACAGCUGCUCCUCCUCUUCCUUCUCCUCCUCCUUGUGCUGUUUCAUGGUCAGGCUACAGCGACUUCCUGGCAUUGCACACAGCUUCUCAUCAACCGUUAGGAAAGAGCUUCUGGUUUCAGGGGAAGCAGACUUCGGAGAGGCUCGCUUUGCACAAGUCCUCCAGCUCGGAUGUCUCCAGUGGCCUUUAGAAAGGAGGUGAGCACGCAGGAAAGCAUCUGCUGAUGGAAAAUGACACAUCUGGAGGGGAAAGAGGCCGUGGUGAGGCACCUACGGGCAAAGCUCCAAGGGAACAGGAAAGACCCUUCCGAAGCGGGCGGCUGGCCGGAGAGCCGCUCUGCAGCUUCCCCUGCAGCAGAUUCAGGACAGACCCCCGUGCCGGGCUCCAAGGGUGAGCCACCUCCCGAGCCCCCCCGGACCAGGCGGAUGGACUUCAGCAGGGCUUCUCCAUCCCACAGUAAAGGUCAGAGUGUGGGACAACGUUCACCUCCUCACCCUGUCUGUGAGACCCCAGAAUGGAUGGUGCAACUGAAGAAGGGGAUUGCUCAAGACACCAGCUUCCACCCAAUCCCUGCAAAGCCAGGAGGAGGAGAUGCAUUGAACAAGGAGGUGGGAGCCACCUCUGAUCCUCCCCAGAGAAACCCAGUGCAGCGGACAUGGCCACUUGCCAAAGACAAGGGUGCUCCAGUGGUUCCUGCCAAGGGCGCAGCUGUUGCAGCCUCCCUGGACGCUACGGGAAGCCUCCAUGGGAAAGGACAUCCAUCCUUGCCUCGGAGGAAGCCUUUGCCACACGUCAAGGUGCUGGGAGCGAGGCCGGCCAAGCCCAGGCGCCCUCCUGUUGUGGAUCUGGAGAAGUUCGGUGUGGUUGCAUGUCCUGGGAUGCCCAUCGGUCCUGCCGUGGAGCCACCAAGGAGCGCUCAGCCUGGUUACCUGAAACCAGGCUACGUUGCAUCAGCCCCAGCGCGGUUCCCACCACAGGAUGCUCCGAAUGUAACGGGGGAUGAAGAUGAGAUCUACGAUGACGUAGAGCCGGUUGGGCUGGUGAGGAGAGGCCAAGGCUUUCUGCUGCCCCCCGUUUCCCGGCCAGUAGCGUAUCCCUGCCCUGGAAGAGGUGGAGAUGCCGGUCGAGCCUCUAACAGGGUUGCCUUGCUGGCAGCUGCACGGAGAGACACGCAGGUCUCCCAGAAGACGAAGCCAAUGACACUCAAGGAAUGCAAGAAGGAAGAGAAGGCGGACAGGGAGUUUCAGAAGAAAUUCAAGUUCGAAGGAAGCAUCAACGUCCUGACUCAGAUGAUGGUGGACCCCGCAGUGACGGAGAAGAAGGGUGGAGGGAAGAACCUGCCGCUGAGACGAGGAGAAAUUCUUGAUGUCAUUCAGUUUACAAAUCAGGAGCAAAUCCUUUGCCGAAACAGCCAGAGGAGGUAUGGCUACGUGCCCCGGGCUGUGAUGCUACACCUGGACACUGACAUCUACGAUGACGUAGAGAUUUACGGUUGAGCGAUCCAUGCUAACGCCAAAGGCACAGGACAGCACCAACAGAGACCUUCCCAAGGGUUGAAACAUGAAAAGCACUAUAUGCCACGCUCCUGCUUUGGAAGGAGUUCUGCUUCCUCUGAGAUAGCCUGCAAAAGCCACUGUGUCCCUGACGAAACAGCGGUGAGGCCGUUCAGCACACUGCGGGGCUCCAAGGAUCCUGUCCCACAGGGGCAGGGGGUUCAAAGAGAUCCUCAAGUCAA